AUGACCUGUCUCUGGACCCCUGUGCUUGCACCUCCUGCUCUCAUUGCCUCUGUUACUGGACUAGACACAAAAAUAACUGGCCAUAAUCAACUACUAGAUAGCACCGACCUGAUCGCAACGGUUUUAGGCAGGGGUUUUCAGAGUUGGCAGUUCAAGAGGAAGCAAAUCAUUGGGAUUUAG